CUCGAAGAAAGCAGCAAUUUUUUCUUACGUAAAAAGCAUAUGUGUGAAAUAUAUAGGAAAGAAAAAUUCGAAUAUUUGAUAAUAAUUAAUUAUAUAUAGAAUUCGAAUGAAAACGAGAGUUGUGUUAUUUCUUGCUCUCGAAAGAUAUUUCGGUUCUUGAUCGCUUAUCUUCUAAACUUAUUUAUAAGUAUAUUUCAUCGAUACACUUAAGAAUAUAAAGAGAGAGAUGGAAUUGAACGUGACGAUAGAAUCUUGGACAGGAAUAUAUGGAAUAUAUUAGAGGGAAUUAAAGACGUCGGUUGCGUACCAACGCAUUGGAACUAAAGGAUAUAAAUAAUGUUAAUGGAUGUCGGACAACUCGAUUCAUAAGUACAAUUAUCGUGGCUACGAGACUUUUUACUCUUCAAUUCACGUAACGAGAGCCCUUGAAAUAAGUAACGAAUAUGGAGGAUGACACGUUCUCGUGGAAGCGUAUACGGAACGGUGAUUGUCCGAGCGAGAGCCAAAGAAGAAAAAAACUAGAGGACAUUAGAGCAAAACACUCGAUGCAAGGACACUCUUGUUGUUACGAAUCGAGAAUAUAAAACUGGUUCGUCGGAUGAGAGAAGUGGGAUAGUUGGUUCAAUUCGAAGAAUAUUACGCAUUCCCAAACGUUUUAUGACAUUGUUAUCGCGAAACUGGAUAAUAAUGAGGAAAAAUUCUAAAGGAACAACAAAUGUAUUCAAUAUUCGAAUGAAAAUUGUAAAUAAACGUAUUAUUUGGUGGAUUUUUUUUUAACAAAAUUUCAAUCUCAAAACUCUAGCAUAAAGAUAAUGGAGAGUUAAAUUCAAACUCUGUGAUCUGUGUAUAUCAGUUUUAAUAUACUGUAAAUAUCAAAGACAAAAAAAAAGGACAAAAGGAUAUUUUACAAUUCCCAUGCUCGAUGCAAAAUGAUAAAUUCAUCGAAGAACAAACAUGAUCCCGCACGAAUAUGUUGUAAACGUUGUUCUUACUGGAGAAAACAUUAAAUCGAAAGGGUGGGGGCAAUGCAUAAAAGUUAGACGUAUCUCAUGAUUCGACAUCACUCGAUGAGUGUUCACCGGACAGUAGGCAGGUUUUGUUACGCGAGGGAACGGUAUUUGUCUAGACUCGUGAAAGUUGCUCCUUGACCGAUUGUGGUAGUUGGUCAACUGUUUUAUUAAUUCGUCGAACUUCAGCGUCGAACAUCGAAAGGAAAUGUUACGCUCACUGUUGGUGGCGUUAUUUAUAUCGCUAGUAUGGGGAAUAUCAACAUCUCAGGAUACGAAUAAGACUGACAACUUGAUAAAGGCUAAAGAAUUUCUAAAUAAACUCGACAAGCAAUAUGCAGAAUGGAACAAUAAGCUAACGCUCGCUGAAUGGAAAUAUGCAUCGAAUUUGACUAAAGAUAAUUUAGCGGAUAAAUUGAACGUAUCUUCAAAAGCGGCACAGUACUUUAAAUCCGCAUGGCAGGAAGUGAACCAAUUCCCGUGGAAGGAUAUUGAGGAUGAACGCAUCAAAAGACAAUUUUCAAAACUUAGCGUUCUAGGUUAUGCAGCACUUCCUGAAAAUCUUUAUCAAGAAUAUGAGAAAAUUAUAAGUGAAAUGGAAAACAUCUAUAGCACUGCCAAAAUUUGUGAUUACAAUAAUCGAACAAAAUGCGAUCUCGCUUUAGAACCGGAAUUAACGGAUCUUUUAAAAAAGAGCCGCGAUCCUGAAGAACUGAAAUACAUUUGGACCGAGUGGAGAAAUGCCACUGGUAAAAAAGUGAAAUUUUUGUUCAUGAGAUACGUUGAAUUAAGUAACAUGGCUGCCAGAUUAAAUAAUUAUUCUGAUAACGCGGCUUAUUGGCUGAAAGAUUAUGAGGCCGAUGAUUUCCCUGAACAAAUCGAGACACUCUGGCAACAACUGAAACCACUUUAUUUACAAUUACACGCUUAUGUUCGUCGCGAACUUCGAAAAAAGUACGGUGAAAGUAUCAUUUCGAAAGACGGUCCCAUCCCAGCACAUUUGCUAGGUAAUAUGUGGGCGCAAAGUUGGAGUAACAUCGCAAAUUUUACUACUCCGUAUCCAGGAAAACAAAUGCCAGACGUCACCGAUGCUAUGAUAAAGCAAGGAUACAAUGCGACAACUAUUUUCCGUGUUGCCGAAGAUUUUUUCACUUCAAUCAAUCUCACUGCAAUGCCGGAUCUUUUCUGGGAACGAUCGAUAUUAGAAAAGCCAAAAGAUCGCGAAUUAAUCUGUCAUGCUAGCGCCUGGGAUUUUUACGAUGGUAAAGACUUUAGAAUUAAACAGUGCACUGAAGUCACGAUGGAACACUUGUUAACCGCACAUCACGAAAUGGGUCACGUGGAAUAUUAUCUACAAUAUAAAAAUCAACCCACUUUUUUCAAAGAAGGUGCGAAUCCUGGAUUCCAUGAAGCAGUUGGUGAUGUUAUAGCACUUAGCGCAUCUACACCGAGCCACUUAAAAACCAUUAAAUUAUUGGAUGAUGAUUCAACUGAUGUGGAAGCUAAUAUUAAUCAUCUUUAUUUGAAAGGCCUUGAUAAAAUCGUCUUCUUACCAUUUGCAUAUGCGAUGGAAAAGUGGCGCUGGAGCGUAUUUCGUGGAGAAAUCACGCCAGAUGUUUAUAAUUGUUUCUGGUGGGAUAUUGCUGAAGCUUUUCAAGGUAUUGAAGCACCAAUAACUCGAUCAGAAAAUGACUUCGAUCCUGGUGCGAAAUAUCAUAUAAUAGCAAAUGUCGAGUACAUUAGAUAUUAUGUCAGUUUUAUAAUACAAUUCCAAUUUCACAAAGCUCUUUGUAUAGAAGCAAAACAAUACGAUCCGCAGAAUUCAAAUUCAAUACCAUUACAUAAAUGUGAUAUUUAUAAUAAUACAGCAGCAGGAAAUUUGUUAAAAUCAAUGUUGGAAUUGGGUUUCUCUAAACCUUGGCAAGAUGCAAUGGAAAAAAUUACUGGUCAAAGGAAUAUGGAUACUGCCGGACUAUUGGAAUAUUUCAAACCAUUGACAGAUUGGCUUACAGAAGAAAAUAAAAAAACAAACGAAUAUAUUGGAUGGAAAUCUAAAUCAAAAGGAUGCACAUGAAUUUUGGUCUAAUAGCCACUAAAAAAAAGAUGAAUGAAUAAAAAUAUAUGAAUAUAAUAUCUGAAUAAAAUAUGAAUAAAACAAAUAAAAAUAAA